AUGGAAGAAAUCCCUUUGGAUGAUGUCAAUAGAACCAGCACAGAAUACAGAGUGCUUAUGGCUUAUGCCCAGCGUCGACUGUCCGCGAGCAAAUACGGGCAUCUUUUAGAAAGGGAAGCGAAAGGCCAAGAGGGAUCAUCUCUAGGCAGAGAGAAGAGGCAAGGUAAGGAGAAGGCACAUCAAGGCUCGUCUCCCAAGGACCAAGGACAGCUGACCAGAGUCAGGAGGAAGACGAAGAAGAAGAAGUCCCGUUGCAAGAACUUUCUCUUUCCUUCCUGUCUAAGGGCGCAAGCUGAAGAGGAUUCUGGGAAGACGCUCAGAAGGGGUGAUGCUGUAAAUGGGCGUGCACUAAGCCUGCAGGCGGGUGUUGGAAGUUGUUCUGCUUUUUCACUAGAAGAGCAAGGUGGGUUUAAUCCCCCCCCAUUUGUUAAACACUCUAAUAGCAUAUUAGUGGCAACUAUUGCUUGGUUUUCAGCCUUGGGUUCAAAACAGUUCUGCAGGCCCCUUCCCAGAACUGCAGUUACUUACAGUUCCGUAGGUUAAGGGGAUGAUAGCUAAGCCACUGCAAUGGCUUAAAUUUUAUGAAAUAAAUAAAUAGAAGUAACAUAGCUAAUCUAUCAAACUAUCUAAAGCAGUGGUUCCCAACCUCCCCCCCCAUGCUCCACCUAAGCAUCUAUAAAAUCCUGAUGCCCACCCCCCAUGACAUAUAAUUCUUAUUAUUCAAAAAGUGAACUCCUAUUCACAUGGAGGAAGCCUAAAAAGCCAUUAACUUGGUCUAUCUCGAAUUGCCCCCCUUAAAAAUCAACUUGCCCCCCUUUAGGGCGUGUGCCCCACGUUGGGAACCACAGCUCUAAAGAGUGAAGAAGAUUUCUUAUGGGGAAAUCUGCUCCCCUUGGCAGCCUCUCUGACCAAAGCAAUGCACGUCCAUUGUGAAGGGCUGGUUCUUAAUUCUGUGAGGGUCUGCCUCAGGGACUGGGAACCCUUUUCAGCCUGAGGGCUACAUUGCCUCAUUGCCAAUGCACAGGAGACUGCAUGGCAAAGGUGGGUAUGGCAAGGAAGGGUACUCCAAGGAAGUAUGGCACACCACAGGCAUGCACACACCACACGCCUAAGCACAUCACCAUUCAACUUCCUAUCAGAGGCAACAGAAGGCUUUCCCCGAUCCUAUGUGAGGUGGAGGGAACAUUUUCAGAAGUGGGGCAGGGUCACAGGUGGGUGAACUCACAGUGCAGAUAGUCUCCCAUGCCACUGGGGUUCCAAAAAGCGGGCCUCUUGGCCUCUGCGACUCAGUGGUAGAUCGCAUGCAGCAGUGGGAAAGGUCUUUGUUGGUGAGCUUGCUGCCAGAAGACCAUCUACAGCACCGGAUUGAGUGGAUCAGCAUUUGAGCAUGUUCCUUAUGGGGAAAGGCUAAAGCAUUUGAGGAUUCUAAGGGUGACAUGCUUGAUAAUUUCAAGAUUGUGCAGGGUGUAAAGAAAACCAGCUAGUGAAUUUGUCUCAAUUUGUUUCUGAACAGGUGAUUCAGACAUCAAUGUUGUGGUAGACAAGCUUGCUGAAAUAGUUGAUAAUUCCACGCUAUUCCCUCAAAGGACAGGAUUCAAAGCACUGGAAGAGACUCUGAGCCUAGAAGCAGAUGGUGGGUGUGCCACCAAACCCGAAAAUGAUGUUGAAAAAGGUAACCUGCUUUUCCUCAGCAGCCAAAUGGCAUUUCUGUAGAGUCUGUGUUUUCAAAAACUUUUUUUCUUGAAGAAACCUUUUCUUGAUUGAUUUGUCUGUCAAGUAACCAUUGCACACUUGCCACAUAACCCCUGGAUGUUGCAAAGGAUUUCAGCACACAUUCUUCAGCGUACUGGCAAAGCCUUUUGGGUGGCGCUGUGGUCUAAACCACUGAGCCUAGGGCUUGCCAAUCAGAAGGUCGGCGGUUCGAAUCCCCAUGACAGGGUGAGCUCCUGUUGCUCGGUCCCUGCUCCUGCCCACCUAGCAGUUCGAAAGCAUGUCAAAGUGCAAGUAGAUAAAUAGGUACCACUCCAGCGGGAAGGUAAACGGCGUUUCCGUGCACUGCUCUGGUUCACCAGAAGCAGCUUAGUCAUGCUGGCCACAUGACCCGGAAGCUGUCUGCAGACAAACGCCGGCUCCCUCGGCCAAUAAAGCAAGGUGAGUGCGCACCCAUGGAGUCAUCUGCGGCUGGACUUAAUGGUCAGGGGUCCCUUUACCUUUACUAAAAACUGUAUGUGUGUUCAGAAAAGUAACAGACAUCUGCAAUAUGGCUUUUGUCUGGAAGCACCGUAACUGAAACACACCUUCAGAUUUAUUUAAACAUAUUCAAAUAUAUAACACAGUUGUGCCCUAUGGGUUAUCUAUCACACUGUUUCUCAGCCACCUUCAGUGAUGGUCAGUAUUCUCCACACGAGGCAGCUGAUAGUAUGGCCAGGUAAAGGUAAAAGGUAAAGGACCCUGGACGGUUAAGUCCAGUCAAAGGCGACUAUGGGGUGCGGCACUCAUCUUACUUCAGGCCAAGAGAACCAAUGUUUGUCCACAGACAGCUUUCCAGGUCAUGUGGCCAGCAUGACUAAACCACUACUGGUGUACAGAGGACUGUGACGAGUCCAGAGCUCAAAGAAACGCCUUUUACCAUCCAGCCACAGCAGUACCUAUUUAUCUACUUGCACUAGUGUGCUUUCAAACUGCUAGAUUGGCAGCAGCUGGGACAGAGUAACGGGAGCUCACCCCAUCACACAGAUUUGAACUGCCAGCCUUCCGAUCAGCAAGCCCAAGAAUGUUUUGGACCCGUGUCCCUAGUAUUGCCAGACAACCUCUUCAGAUUGAGAUAAUAUGCAUAGAACACAUGGAAAAAGCAUUCCAUAAAUACUUAAAGCUCUUGAGGCAGCUUACGAAAUAAUUUGUUUUAAUGAAUGUAAAUGAUUAUUUUACAUCCUGUGUUAAACCAGAAAAUUAGCUUCUUCUUUUUUCUGUUUUACCAGAUGAGAAAGAAAAGUUAAUAAAAGAAAUAGUUGCCUUGUUAAGAGCAUCGGGAGAUAAACUGCAGGAAAAGGUAAGCAGUUUGAGGCUGCAAUUUGUACUAUGUUGUUUUUUACUUGCAUUGAAUCUUAAAGCAUUUAAUUGCAGAACUUUCUAUUUUAUUAUUUACAAUUUUGUGAAUUGCUUUUCUAGAAUGUUGAAUGUGUAGAAAGGGGAGAAAGAUAUAGUUUAAAGAGCAGCUGCAGGGGAAGGAAGACAGGAGAAAGCCUUUUGUGGAAUUCAGAUUACCGUAGGUUUGGAUAAAAAUAUAAUAGAAUAGUAGAAUUGGAAGGGAUCCUGAGGAUCAUCUAGCCCAACCCUCUGCAAUGCAAAACUCUCAACUAAAGCAUCGGAGACAGAUGGCCAUCUAACCUCUGCUUUAAAACAUCCUCCACCUUCUGAGGUAGUCCGUUCCACAUAGCUUUUACUGUCAGAAAGUUUUUCCUAAUGUUUUGUCAGAAUCUACUUUCUUGUAUCUGGAACCCUAUGGAGAAGCAGAAAACAAGCUUACUCCAUCUUCCAUGUGACAACUUAUUUCCUCUCAGUCUCUUUUAUCCAGGCCAAACAUAUCCAACUCCCUCAACUGUUUCUUUUAAGUCUUGGCCUCCAGACCCUUGAUCAUCUUGGUCACCCUCUUCUGCACACCUUCCAGCUGCCCUAUAUCCACUGUGGUGCCCAAUUUGAUCCAUCAGAUUUGUUUAUAUCCACAUAAAAUGUGUGUACAUUAAGGAGGCCCCAGUAAUCUUUUUCCAAAGAAUUAUUUGGGGUUUUGGAGAGCUGAAAGCACUUUUCCAGAACUACAUUUACAAGUUGGCUGUAAAAAAGAAGUUGUCUCAUAAAUCCACACUUACCAGAGAAUUGGAGAGCAAUUAUUUCUUAUUUGUAUAUUUUACAAGGAAAAGCCUUCCUUGAACUUGCUGUGUUCAGAGAUCGUUGUGCCUGAAAUGGGACCAAUACCUCUGUUUGUUCCUAAUGACAAAUGCCUUACAUUCAUUUCCAGGUUCAAAAUGACAGGACUUUCUUUCAGUGUGCCUCAGAACUGAUGUCCUAUGGAUUCUUCAGUAGAGUUGCCGAUCAAUUCCUAGAAGAGAUACCUGCAGACUCUACAGCAGACUCUGAGGUGCAAGCACAAAGUAUCAAAGUUGCUUUUGCUAUUGAAGUCAUAACUAGACUCACUGCUAUAGACAACCAUCCCAUGAACACCAUACUGGGCUUUGGAGCAAAAUACCUCAAGGAAAACUUCAGCCCUUGGAUCCAUAGUCAAGGUGGAUGGGUAAGAGAUUUUGCUUCCUCUGCUGGCGCAUCCUCCCCUUUCUAAACAAUAGUUACCUGUGAACUUUCCCUUGGGGCUGCUGGGCCUAGCAGCCAUUCAUGAGAGUUGGGUGUGAAUGCAUGGGUACCCUGUGCUACAUACCAGACAUUUGUUCUGACAUUCUGAAAGUAGAAAUUAUUAUUUGUGCUCUUAUUCCUACAAGCUUGCACUGAGCUCUCUCACUAUGUUAGGAUAUAACUAGGUUACAGAUUAAAAUUUGUUUAACAACUAUACCCCUUCUUGGGGAAUCUUGAAUCCCAUUGGCUAGGAAAAUUCUCAGCCAAUUUACCAAUUUUUUAUUCCCAGUUUUCUUCAGAUAAAGCUGUAGCAGUGAAAUGGUGGUACCUCGGGUUACAGACACUUCAGGUUACAGACUCUGCUAACCCAGAAAUAGUACUUUGGGUUAAGAACUUUGCUUUAGGAUGAGAACAGAAAUCGUGCGACUGUGGCGCAGUGGCAGUGGGAGGCCCCAUUAGCUAAAGUGGUACCUCAGGUUAAGAACAGUUUCAGGUUAAGAACGGACCUCCAGAACGAAUUAAGUUCUUAAUCCGAGGUACCACCUCGAUAAAAGAUUGUAGUGUAUAUAUUCAAGACGGGCGUGGGGGGAGGGGGGAUCCAAAUUGGAUUCUAAGUUGGUGCUUCAGAUUCAGUCAGAGCUUAUCUCCCUCGGUCUGCUUUAGGCAAUGCUUGUUUUGUCUGGGAAACCAAAGCUUCAGAAAGCUGAGUUGCCUCUUGGGGCGGGGUAACAAAUGGCUAUAACUUUUAAACUUUGGGGACUGCGUUUUUUUGACUGGAGGCUAUGGAGCACACUGAGGUGCAGAACAGGAGUGGGGCCAGAGACGCCUCCAUGGCCAGGGCUGCCCCCUGCCACCCCCAAGGGCAUGCUCUGGCCUAUGGCAGCUCAUGGCCCUGCUGCCAUCUUCUUCGGGGCACUGCGCUCCGUCUCCUGCGCAAAGGGGAAGAGUGCUUUGGAUAUGCCAGAGACCAUUGCCAACUGAGAUGCUGCCCGCUUUCCUGUCGUUGCCAGCUGCACCCUCUUAGGCCUCCACCUCUUCUUCAAAAUAUUAUCUCACGAAUACAUCAGCCUGUUACUCUCCCUGAAUUUUCCCAACAAACAGUACCAGCUUCUCUUCACUCAGGGCUCUGAGGAAACUAAGGAAGAGCUUGUCGACCACGAGUUUGACACCGUGGACCUUGUCUGCCUGGCCAUGAGUAGCAGUGUUGGAAAUCUGGUACCUGUUGAGAAAGCACUGGAUUGCCAACAACUUCUUUGGCCUGGCCUUCCCUCUCAAUUUUUAUUUAUUUAUUAUUCAGUGAAUUUAUAUACUGCCCGGAGGUCUCAGUGGGUCUCUCAGUGGGGUGGAGCUGCUGAACUUGAACAAUGUCAGCAUCGGCUGCAUUCUGCUUGGUGGGCUCUUCAUGUAUGAUGCCUUCUGUGUCUUUGGCACCAACAUUAUGGUGACGGUCGCAAAGUCAUUUGAAGCACCUAUAAAACUGGUUUCCCCCCAAGAUCUGCUAGAGAAAUACUUGGAGGCUGACAGCUUUGCCAUGAUGGGCUUGGGGGCAUUGUCAUCCCAAUAAUCUUCAUUGCUUUACUGCCAUGCUUUGCCUCAAGAGGAACAAGCACACAUACUUCCACACCAGUUUUGUGGCUUAUAUGGUAUUUUGGGGCUGGGCCUCACCAUCUUCAAACAUGCACAGCCAGCCCUGCUCUACCUGGUCCCAGCCUGCAUUGGCUUCCCUCUCCUGGUGGCUCUGGUGAAGGGAGAAGGGGCAGAGAUGUUCAGCUAUGAGGAGAACUCUGCCUCCAAGGAGGUGCCAGAGGAUACCAAAGAAGGGAAGAAGGAGAAAUGACUUUGGGAAGCUCAGCCAGCUGAGCUCCAUCUGCUGGCCACCCCCACCCCCCGCAAGUGAAUUUUGUCUUUUAAAAGACAACUGGAUCGUAUAACAGCCAGUGUGUUUGUACGUGUGCAUCUGUCUGAAGACUGGUGGGGCAGGGGGUGGAAAACAGGAGGAGGGGCCUGUUUAUUGAUCUUCUCUCUGCCUGUCUACUUGCCUGUCUGCAGCCCUCCUGUUCCCCUGGGGAGAAAGAGGAUGGGGCAGGUGGGGGCAAGAAAGCAGCUUUGCCUCUUCCACCAACUGUCUUUUGAUGCCAGCUUCCCUGACCUCUGUUCAUUGUCUUGGUGGGAAGAAGAAAACAGGGGGAGAGAAAGGGAGGCUUGGAGUUGAUUUUUAAAUUUUGUAUUGUGAAUUUGCUUCACAAAUUAAAACAAAACAAAAAAUUAUUGAAGAACUUUAAAACUUUUGUCACACCUGGAUGAAAUCUGUGGGCAAAGUAGCCUCUUCUGAGUGGAGCCAUGUUUAAGACAAGGUACAGAUAAACCUUUAAAGUUUUUGUUUGUUUGUUUGUUUGUUUGUUUGUUUGAAAAAGGGAUUCCUCCCCUCACCAUGUUGUUGGCAAUUGGCAUAAACAUAUGGUACAUCAUAUAGAUACCUCUAGGUAAAUUCCCUGCAAAAUUGCAGGGGUCAAUAUGGAUGAAUAACAGUUUGAAGCUUUUAAAGUUUUCUGACUGAAUUUGGCAUCAGUUUUCACUGAAAGUGCUUGUGACAAUUAUGACAAUUAUGGGUGGACGUGUGUGGCAGAGGUGGGAGUUUAAUAUCCAGCAUUUACUAGUUAGGAGCUAGAUUCGCCAGUCACAAAACUACACUCCAUCUUCUCCCUCCCUCUGUCUGGCAUUUUCCUUUUAGAAAGCACUUGGGGCAAGGAGGAAGAGGGGUGUGCCUUUUCAAUUGACUGUGUCUCUCCAAAUCUUCAAAGUGGGUCCAAAGCUUUAGAGUAGCACUGUUAGUUCUGAGUUGCUUCAGAGAAGGCUUGAUUCCCUUUUCUGAUUCCCAAGAGCCCAUCUGUCUGAAGCUGGUUAAUGCGUUGUCCAAAGUGGAUACAUAGGUUGUAAGAGUCAAGUGAGCAAGGCAGAGACGCACAUUAGUGUUCAUACAUCCAGCAGUGUAUUGAGAGUUGCUCGGCAUUACCAAGGCAACUGGUACAGAGAGUGGUUUGUCCAGGAAUCAGUGUUGUUCUUCCUCCCAUCUCCAGUAGCUGAUCCGCCAAAACCAUCAUUUUCCCAGGAUGAGCUUCACCCUCUUGGCUAUAAAGUAUGAGCAAAGUGGAACAUAGGAGGCUGUCUUACGGAGUCAGACCAUUUGUCUACCUAGCUCAGCAUUGUCUACACUGGCUGACAGCAGCUCUCAGGUUUCAGGAGGGAUCUCUCGCAGGCUCAUCUGCAAUGCCCCACUGCCUCAUUCUCCCUAAUGGACCAGCAUCCACUGCCUCCUGCUGCUUCUGCAGGCACAAGAAACAGGUUGUGUUGCAAAUCUGUAGUGUGAUGCAUUUGGACUCAUGGAUCAGAAGUUGCGCAUUAAUUGGCCUAAGUCCUUAGCACUGGGGAGAGAUUCUUGCUCUGCUGUGAACCCCAAAACAUACAGAAUUGUAUAAAUCUUACUGACUUGGUUGUCUUUUCACUUCCAGGGGAAAGCUUUAGGAUUACCAGACCAAGAAGAAGUAGAAUGA